CUCUCCCUCUGUGCAUGUGUCUCUAAGCAAUAUGGCAAUCCAUAAGCACAUUGCAUUUCUUCUAAAAUUUUUGCUAGUUGCUCUUGUUUUUGACAUCGCCAAUGGCUAUCCGCUAAAGUUAGGGUUCUACCAAAAGACGUGUCCCAGGGCUGAGGCUAUUGUAAAAAGGACAACAGCAAACUACAUUUAUCGUGCUCCUUCUCUUGCUGGUGCUUUGCUCCGAAUGCAAUUUCAUGAUUGCUUUGUGAGGGGAUGUGAUGAUUUCCAAGCAUCAAUGGUGAAAAUGGGACAAAUUGGAGUUCUAACUGGCAACGCCGGUGAAAUCAGAAGACAUUGCGCUCUAAUAAACUAA